UCUCCUUUAUCUCCGGGCCACCCUCGAUCUCCCAUAUUACCCUUUAGACCUUUUAAACCUGGUACUCCAGGAACACCACUUGUACCCCUUUCUCCUUUUUGUCCUCUAUCACCCUUCUCUCCUCUCUUACCACGUUUACCUAUUAACCCAUCUGUGCCGUUUCUACCAGCAGGACCUUCAGGACCAAAUACCCCAGGAUCACCAGUGUCGCCUUCAAUAAAAGAAUUCAAAGUUACUUCAAGAUAA